GUUUGUUAUUGAGCAUGCGUAGAAAGGUUGAAAAUGGCGUUCAUCAGUCGACGAGGCUUGGGAAUUCGAAAGACUUUUAUGAUUUCUAGCCUAAGAUCUUUCAGUUCUUACAAAUACGUAACUCAAGAUGCAACGGAAACAUCAUCAGACCAAAAGACAAUAACUGACAGGAACGCUACAACACUCUUUCUAACUGAACUAUUGCGAGGUCUGGGAAUGAGUCUUAGUUACAUGUUCCGUGAGCCUGUCACACUCAACUAUCCAUUUGAGAAAGGACCACUUGGUCCCCGAUUCAGAGGUGAACAUGCUCUACGAAGGUACCCUUCGGGUGAGGAACGCUGCAUAGCCUGCAAACUGUGUGAAGCCAUAUGUCCUGCACAGGCUAUCACUAUUGAAGCAGAGUCUCGAGCAGAUGGCAGUAGAAGGACAACUCGCUAUGAUAUUGACAUGACAAAAUGCAUUUAUUGCGGUUUCUGCCAAGAGGCUUGUCCUGUGGAUGCUAUAGUUGAAGGACCAAAUUUUGAGUUUGCAACCGAGACACACGAAGAGCUGCUGUACAACAAGGAGAAGCUGUUGAACAAUGGAGAUAAGUGGGAAACAGAGAUUGCUGCAAACAUUCAAGCAGACUACCUAUAUCGAUAGACAAGUGUCUUUAUAUCGAACCUUUAGUUAUGUAUUAUGGACUUAGAAAACCUGUACAAUUCCUGUCAUUAAGUCUGUAUUCAAAUAUUGUCUCAUAGUGUUUGUAAUGCAGUAGUGUGACUAAUGAAACAUCAACUCAAAAAAUUAAACUCUGUGUG